AGCCUGCCGGUUCUACAUCAGAAGUGUAUUUCAGGUCCGGCUUAGAGGAGACUAAAGCCCAUCAGAAGGUACAAGCAAGAGUUCUGUCGCUGUGGACACUGCCACUUUGUGCCCAGCUCUGAAGCCUCAACUCUUGCCAGCCGGACCCCAGGCCCAUGUCAGUGACCCAUGAUGCCGCUCUCCAUGCCCUUCGGGAGGAGCAGGCCAGACUAAAGAGGAGGCUGCAGCAGCUGCAGCAGCGGAGGAGGGAAUUUGGGGACUUCCCUCACCACGACCAGGUCCCAUUCCCGGUGCCCUUGGUCCCCCUGGUGUUCCGAGGACACACUCAGCAGGGCACAGAAGGGUCCAAGCCUUUGGUUUCCAAACUACGGAUCUGCUACCCUCUGCCUGGAGGCUCUGCUCUGGUCACCUUCGACGAUCCCAAGGUGGCCGAGAGGGUGCUGCAACAAAAGGAGCAUAAGAUCGACAUCGAUGAGUGCCGGCUGCGGGUGCAAGUCCAGUCCUUGGAGCUGCCCGUGGUGACGACCAUCCAGGUGUCCACACAGAUAAGCAGGAGGAGUAUGCUGGUCAGUGGGUUUCCUGCAGGGCUCAGGCUGAGUGAGGAGGAGCUGCUGGACAAGCUGGAGAUCUUCUUUGGCAAGUCCAGGAAUGGGGGUGGCGAUGUGGAGAGUCGGAAGCUGCUGCAAAGUGGUGUCGUGCUGAGUUUCACUAAGGAUGCAGUGGCCCAGCACCUGUGCCAGGCUGGCCAGUUUACAGUGCCACUGGGCACGAAAAGCUUCCCUUUGAGAAUCUCUCCCUUCCUAAGUGGGGAGAUCCAGAAGGCUGAGAUCGUGUUCCGGCCAGUGCCCCAGUCAGUGCUGGUGCUCAACAUUCCUGACGUCCUGGAUGGCCCAGAGCUUCAGGACAUCCUGGAGAUCCACUUCCAGAAGCCCUCCCGUGGAGGUGGGGAGGUGGAGGCCCUAACAGUUGUGCCCCCAGGACAGCGGGGCCUGGCGGUCUUCACCACCACGUCAGGCUAAGAGCCUGCCCUUCUCAUCCCCUCCCCCGCACCCCUGCCAAGCCUCUCAAACCAGGCUGGAUUUGGGCGCACAGGUGCAAGAGA